AUGGGUCAAAAUCAGUAUGUUCCUCUUGUUGCUUACGGAGGAAGCAAUGCUGGACAUACUGUAGUAGUAGAUGGUGCGGAGUUCCAUUUCCAUCUUCUACCCAGUGGAAUAAUCAAUUCUAGAUGUACAUCGGUUAUAGGAAAUGGGGUAGUAAUACAUCUACCAGGUCUAUUCGAAGAAUUAGAAAGUAACGAAGCAAAAGGAUUGAAAAACUGGCAAGAACGAUUGGUAAUCUCUGACCGUGCACACAUUGUAUUUGAUUUUCAUCAGCAAGUUGAUGGUUUACAAGAGUUAGAAAAAGGUACACAAUCUCUCGGUACUACCAAGAAAGGAAUUGGACCAACAUACUCGAGCAAAGCUGCCAGAAAUGGGCUUAGAAUUGGUGACCUUCUCGGAGACUUCGACAAAUUCUCACAAAAGUUCGAUACGCUCGUGACGUCCUAUCAAAAAAUGUUCCCUGCACUGCACGUUGAUGUGAAAGCAGAGCUUCAACGAUAUCAAGAGUAUGCAGAAAGAAUAAGACCAUUAGUAAAAGAAACGGUUCAGUAUUUACAUCAAGCGUUGCGCGAAGGGAAAAAAGUAUUAGUUGAAGGUGCAAAUGCCGCAAUGCUGGACAUAGAUUUUGGUACAUAUCCCUAUGUUACUAGUUCUAACUGCAGUAUAGGCGGUGUCUGCACUGGUCUUGGACUAUCACCUUCUUACAUUGGUGAAGUUGUUGGCGUGGUUAAAUCAUAUACUACAAGGGUUGGCGAUGGUCCAUUUCCUACUGAACUUUUGGAUGCCACGGGCGAGCUUUUACAAAGGAGAGGGCACGAGGUUGGAGUUACGACAAAUAGAAAGAGACGUUGCGGUUGGUUAGAUUUAACUCUCCUUAAAUUCACUGCCAUGGUCAAUGGUUAUACAUCGAUAUGCCUAACAAAAUUAGAUAUUUUAGAUACUCUCCCUAAAAUUCAAAUUGGCGUAGGUUAUCGGCUAAAUGGACAAGAAAUUAAUUAUUUUCCAAGUAGUACUUCUGAUUUAGCAAAAGUAGAAGUAACUUACGAAAUACUCGACGGUUGGCAAUCACCUACAGAAGGUGUACGUUCUUUAGAGAAACUGCCACCUAAUGCCAAAAAAUACAUACAGUUGAUACAAGAACAUCUUGACGUACCAGUUAAGUGGAUUGGAGUGGGAGCAGGCCGUGAAAGUGUAAUUACACUUUGACGUUACAUUUAUUGGUUACAACAAUGGAAAUAUAUUUAUCUGUCCAUUCAGUUUACUACUCUUUUGGCAAUAAAUUUACUUUGUCAGAGGAGUUGAUAAAACAAACGCACAGAGAGUA